GUUCCUCGCGCACCUGCUGAUCUUUCUCAUCAGCCUCGUCAGCUCCGUAUUCUGCGGACACCUGGGCAAGGUCGAGUUGGAUGCGGUUACGCUUGCUGUCUCGUCGACAAGGACAGAUGUGGACACCAUGUGAUCUGAGACACAGAUCACCAGCUGCUCCCGCCUGGUCCCCGGACGCUUGCCACACCUGGUCUGCUGUUCCUUGCAGGUUGUGAAUGUCGCCGGGAUUUCCGUUGGAACUGGCUUGGCCUCCGCUUGUGACAUGCUCAUGUCUCAGUCCUUUGGAGCCAAGAACCUAAAGCGUGUGGGGAUCGUCCUUCAGAGAAGCAUCCUCGUCCUGCUGCUGUGCUGCUUCCCGUGCUGGGCCCUCUUGCUCAACACCGAGAGCCUCCUCCUGUUCCUGAAGCAAGACCCCGAGGUCUCCAGGAUAGCCCAGAUCUAUGUGAUGAUUUUAAUCCCUUCUCUUCCGGUUAGGGUUACCUUUGAUUCCAAAUUAAUCAGGAUGCUUCCUGGGCUCCGCCUGGAUUUGGGGAAGGACCGCCAGCUGUCACCCUCGGAGCCAUUCAGACGUCAAGGCAGCGAGUGGGAGUGGCUUCUCUCGAGCUGGUUAGAAUUCGCUUUUGUCCUCACGGAGUCUGCUGGGAAAAUCCAAAUAGGCCACAUUGCUGUUCCAGCUGCAGGCAAAGUAUUUACAAAGUCAGGGCAUCAUCCUGCCUCAAGUGGUUACCGGUAUUGCAGCGAACGUCCUCAACGUGGGCAUGAAUGCCCUCCUGCUGUACGCCCUGGACUUCGGAGUGGCAAAACCGAAAGAGGCUUUGGCCGUGGGGGAGUGAAGAGUCAGCGGCCGAGUUUGAGAAGCGGUGACACUGACCCACAGGAUCUGCCUGGGCGAACACCACUUCCCAGUUCUUCCUGUCUGCUCUUCUCUUCCUGUACGUGUGGUGGAAAAAAAUCCACGUCCACACCUGGGGAGGUUGGACCAGGGACUGUUUCCAGGAGUGGGGCUCCUUCAUCCAGCUGGCCAUCCCCAGCAUGUUCAUGGUGUGCAUUGAGUGGUGGACCUUUGAAGUCGGAACCUUCCUUGCAGGUGCCUCUAGGCCUUGGUGUGGCAGCCAGCGUCCGGGUGGGCAGUGCCCUGGGGGCAGGGGAUGCCCAGCAGGCACGACACUCCUGUGCCACCGCCCUCCUGUGUGCAGGUGUUUGCGCACUUGUAACCGGUAUCUUACUUGCUGCUUUAAAGGAUGUGGUAGCCUAUGCAUUCACCAGUGACAAAGAUGUCGUGUCCCUUGUGAGCCAAGUGAUGCCCAUUUUUGCUCCCUUUCAUCUGUUUGAUGCACUUGCGGGCACCUCUGGUGGAGUCCUGAGAGGUGCAGGAAAACAAAAGAUGGGUGCUCUCCUGAAUGCCAUCGGUUAUUAUGUUUUUGGUUUUCCCCUUGGAGCAUCUCUGAUGUUUGCUGCUAAUCACGGGAUAAUAGGUCUCUGGUCCGGAUUGACGGCCUGUGUCUUCUUUCAAACCCUCUUCUACUUGGUGUACAUCUGGAGGAUAAACUGGAACAGAGCGGCAGAGCAGGCACAGGUUCGGGCCGGGCUGAGAGGGACGAAGGAGGCCGUGCCCACCGCGACAGAUCUGUCCAUCCUAGACAAAGACGUAGCCGAUGGGGUGAUCCUACCUGACGUCAUCCAACCUGAGAGCCAGACCACGCAGCUGGUGGAGAACAGCUCGUGUGGGGUGGCCACCAUCGGGGAGGUCUUGACGGGGGCCCAGCUGAUUUUGUAUCACGGGGCGGCUGUAGUUUUAGCUUUUGCUGUCCUGGUAGCAGGAAUUUUAAUAAGAGUUUUCACUGACCGUGGCUGAAACGGAAUCACCCCAGCCCACAAACUAGCAGCGACAACGACAUGCCACACAGGAAGCAUGGGAAGUGACCCUGGUCACCGGGACAGUGGUUUCGCUCUCAACUAAGUGUGGAGAGGAUACCAGUGAUGUGUGCUUAGUUAUUCUGAGUGUUUGCACGAUCUUACUGCUUACUGAAGAUUAAGAAAAGAGUUAUAAUUUUAAGUGAACUUUUCUCCCAACCGUUAACUCUAUCAUGGUUUUUAAAUCUGUAAAUUUGUUUUUUCCGGCUUGAAGUGUUCUUUAUGCUGUCAGUAUCUUUUGUCUUCCAGGAAAGCAGGUCCUCUAACAUUAACCGCUGGUCACGUUGUCUUUUUGUUUCUCUGUUACGUGUUCAGUCUUGUUGGUGAGUUUGUACAAAGUGCCGUCUAGUCCGGUCCCAUGUAGUGCCGUGUAAACUUUUUCUUUUUUGCGGUACGCGGGCCUCUCACUGUUGCGGCCUCUCCCGUUGCGGAGCACAGGAUGCGCAGGCUCAGCGGCCAUGGCUCACGGGCCCAGCCGCUCCGCGGCAUGUGGGAUCCUCCCGGACCGGGGCAUGAACCCACAUCCCCUGCAUCGGCAGGUGGACUCUCAACCACUGCACCACCAGGGAAGCCCCCGUGUAAGCUUUUAUAAAAUAAACACUUUAAAAUGCGA